UAUAUUGUAUGUUCUGUAUUAACUUCACAAUUUCAGAUUUGCUCACUGUAAUUUUACUCCGGAGUGCUGAGAAUCUUUAGCAUCAGUUCUCAGCUAAGACUCUCCACCAAGCGAGCUGGAUGUCAGUAAUAAUGACGUGCAGGAUUCAGGAGUGGAGCUACUCUCUGCUGGAGUUCACUUUGCAAACUGCAGAUAAUAAGAAGACUCAUCGCUCUGCUGUGUCAGACUGCAGACCUCAACACCAACAUAUGAGAGACCAGUGACUGUCAUUUUCGGAGGUGAGAAAACUGUCCUAAACCCUAUUUUUUGGAGCGACCAGUGAUGGAACUAUUUGCAAAGGUGAAGGACUCUCAGGGAAACUACAACACAAUGUCUAACUUCACAGAAAUCACAGACAUUUAUGGAGAGGAUGAGGUGAGGAUUGUACUCCUGGGAAAAACUGGAUCUGGCAAGAGUUCUGUUGGAAACACAAUUCUUGGAGAGAACGUGUUUGAAGCAGCUUGUUCACCACAAAGUCAAACAAACAUUUGUAAAAGACAUGAAAAAGAAAUCAACGGCAGAAGAAUUGUUGUUAUUGAUACCCCUGGAAUUUUUGACACUGACCAGAAAGAGCAACAACUUAAAGCAGAGAUAAUCUCCAGUCUCGUAGAGUGUGCACCUGGCCCUCAUGCUUUUAUUUUAGUGUUGGAGGUAGCGAGAUACACCAGGGAAAACCAGGAGGCAGUGAAGAAGUUGCUAAAAUACUUCAGUGGUGAUGUUCUUUCUCACAUGGUGUUGCUUUUCACACAUGGUGAUGAUCUUGGACAGAACAUGACAAUCCAUGACUUCAUAAAUCAAUGUCAUGUUGAAGGGAAAACACUGAAAGAACUUGUUGAGAAAUGUGGAAAUCGAGUUCAUGUAAUUGACAACACGCACUGGAACAAGGAUGACAAUAGCAGAGUUUCAGCUGUGUUAGCUGAACUAGAAAGGCUAAACAUUUCUCGGCAGUCUAUGAUCCAAAUUGUUAAAGAAAUUCAGUCAAACCAAACUGAUGAAACUCCAUGGUUUAACAUACUGUCAGAUCCAGAUGACAACGUAGAGGCAGAAUGGCAAGUUGGAAGUGGAAACCAAAGCAGGGAAUACCGAAGUAACAUAUUCCAACUCACCCAGUUAAUGAAGUCCAUAAAUAACAUCUUGAUAGAAACCGACAAAGAGCCAUACAAAAACGAAGCUUUAGAAGAGACUGGAGAAGCCAUCAAGGAUGAAGUGAAUAACAUAAUACAGGAGAUGAAAGAUGAGGGGAAGAUCAGAGACAUGACGGAAGUGGAUAUGGUUGUAACCAGGAGGCGAGCAAUAGAGAGAGUCAGAACCAAGUUAGAGAGAGAGUUGGCUGGUGUAGCCGUAGGACUGUUACUUGGAGCUUUACUGGGAGUCGGAGUUGGAUUGGCAGCACCAGUAGUGUUAGUAGCAGGACUUGUACGGGCAGGAUGGAGAAAACUAACUCAUCAAAGACCACAAGCUGGAGGUGCACCAGUGGAGCCAGAGGCUGUAGGUGUAGGAGCUUUAGCUGGGGUUGGUGUUGCAGCAGGAGUCAGUGCUGAGAUUACAGCAGCUUCUGUGGCAGCUGCAGGGGCGGAGGCAGCAGCACUUGGAGCAGGAGCUGCUACUGGGAUAGGAGCAGGAGUUGGAGCUGGGUUACUGUUUUUGUAUGGGGCUGGGAAGGGUGCGACGUCAGGCUAUGAAAUGUCAAAGACGUCUGACAACCCAAAUCAGGCAGCAAGUAAAGUGGCCCAAGCUUUAGCAGACAAAGCUGAAGAUGUAAUGAAAGCAUGCUGGAAUCUGGGGAAUAAAACUGAAACAGGAGAUGAAGCUGAGAGAUUGCUUCAUUAG